UUAAAAGGAACCUUCCCUAAUCAAACGCUAAAUUUCACUGUGAACUGAGAGGAUAGGCGGCCGUAGCCGAUAUAUAAUCUCUAUAAGAAGCUCUCUCUCUCUCUAUAAACUAGGUUUUCUGCAAUGGAGAUCAAGCUGUCAUUCCCGGCCGGUAGUCCGCCGCUGCCAGUCAUUAUUGCGGCGAAGAUUGCUGGAGUUUCUCUCUCAAUCGAUGCCACUCUCACUUCUGGUUCUCCUCCCACCUUCCACUUCUCUGAUGGACGUGAAUUGUGUGGAACCAAUGAGCUGCUACGCUAUCUUGGUGAAUCAGCGAUCAUUCCCAAUUUCAAUGGACGGGAUGCCCUUGAAUCUGGCCAGAUUGAUAAAUGGCUACAAUAUGCCCCUAUCCUUGCUUUAGGUUCAGAAUUUGAGGGAGCAUGUACCUAUUUGGAUAAGCACUUGUUGAAGUGUACUUUUUUGGUUGGUCAUAAUCUGUCAAUUGCAGAUAUAGCAAUCUGGUCGGGUCUUGCAGUUACUGGGAAAAGAUGGGAAAGUUUGAGGAAGUCAAAGAAAUAUCAAAACCUAGUGCGGUGGUUCAACUCUAUAUCUGUAGAAUAUCAUGGUGUCUUGGAUGAAAUCACGUCAACAUAUGUCGGGAAAAGAGGCGUGGGAAAGCCAAUAACACCUGAAGUAAAAGAAAAGGAGCAACAAGGUGUUAAUAAUCAUUCCAAGAAUGUAAGUGGCGAUGUUAAUGAAAAAGGGAAAGCAGGUGGCCGGUCAGCAUUUGAAGUUGAUCUUCCAGGUGCUGAAGUCGGAAAAGUGAUGUUACGGUUUGCACCCGAACCCAGUGGCUAUCUUCACAUAGGCCAUUCCAAAGCUGCACUGUUGAACCAGUACUUUGCUCAAAGAUACCAAGGUCAGGUGAUUGUGCGCUUUGAUGAUACAAAUCCUGCUAAAGAAAGCAGUGAAUUCGUGGAUAACCUUCUGAAAGAUAUAGAAACCUUGGGUAUUAAUUAUGUGAAAGUUACAUAUACUUCAGAUUACUUCCCAGUGUUGAUGAAAAUGGCUGAAAAGUUGAUUCUCGAGGGUAAAGCUUAUGUUGAUGAUACACCACGUGAGCAAAUGCAGAAAGAAAGGAUGGAUGGAAUUGAAUCAAAAUGUAGGAAUAAUAGCCCAGAGGAGAACAUGAAAUUAUGGAAGGAAAUGAUUGCUGGAUCUGAGAGGGGUUUGCUGUGCUGUCUCCGUGGCAAGUUGGAUAUGCAGGAUCCAAACAAGUCCCUUCGAGAUCCUGUAUAUUACCGUUGCAAUCCGAUUCCUCAUCACCGAAUUGGAUCAAAGUAUAAGAUAUACCCAACUUAUGAUUUUGCAUGUCCAUUUGUUGAUGCUGAAGAAGGUAUAACGCAUGCGCUCCGAUCGAGUGAGUACCAUGAUCGUAAUGCUCAGUAUUACAGGAUCCAAGAGGAAAUGGGAGUUCGAAAUGUUAGUAUAUAUGAAUUCAGCCGGUUAAACAUGGUAUAUACACUUCUUAGCAAGCGCAAGCUUCUAUGGUUUGUGCAAAAUGGAAAAGUUGAUGGGUGGGAUGAUGCUCGUUUCCCAACUGUCCAAGGAAUUGUGCGCAGAGGACUGAAAAUUGAAGCUUUGGUACAAUUCAUUCUUGAACAAGGGGCAUCAAAAAAUCUCAAUCUCAUGGAGUGGGACAAACUCUGGACCAUUAAUAAGAAGAUCAUUGACCCUGUUUGUCCCCGACAUACUGCUGUGGUUGAAGAACGACGCGUUUUGUUGACCCUAGAUGAUGGCCCUGAGAAACCAUUUGUCCGCAUCAUACCAAGGCAUAAGAAAUAUGAAGGUGCAGGGGAAAAGGCCACUACUUACACAAAGAGUAUAUGGAUUGACCAUGCUGAUGCUGCAUCUGUCUCAGUAGAUGAGGAAAUUACCUUAAUGGAUUGGGGAAAUGCCAUAAUAAAAGAAAUCAAGAAGGAUCAAGAUGGAAAUAUCACGCACUUGGCCGGUGUUUUGCAUCUUGAAGGAUCUGUCAAAACCACGAAGUUGAAGCUUACCUGGCUACCUGAGACAAGUGAACUUGUUAAUCUUUCUUUGGUGGAGUUUGACUAUCUAAUUACAAAAAAGAAGCUAGAAGAAGAUGAGGAUUUCAUUGAUGUGCUUAACCCAUGCACGAAAAAGGAGACUGCAGCACUUGGGGAUUCAAACAUGCGGAACUUGCAGCGUGGGGACAUACUGCAGCUGGAGCGGAAAGGUUAUUUCAGAUGCGAUGUUCCGUUUGUUAGAUCUUCAAAGCCUAUAGUCCUAUAUGCAAUUCCAGAUGGAAGGCAGCAAACUGUAUCGAAGUAAGGCCUUACUUCUAAUUACGAGUUAUUUGUGAAAUCUGUUGGGAAAUUCCCCUCAUUUGACACCGCAGAUUAAAGAACUAUUGAUGUAAUACUGAUUUAUCUUUCUAAACUCUACAGAACUUGCAAACCUACAUCUUAUCAUUUCUUGUC